GGGGGAGAAGGAGGGCUGGGCGGGGGGCCCUGGGGAGGGGGCAGCAAGGGGCAGUGAUCACGCCCAGAGGCUCCGUCCCGGAUGUGGACCCAGGCCCUGUUUGGGGGUGACCUCGCCCUGACCUCAGGGGCCCCGCCCGUCAGGGGUCAGUCCCUCAGCCAGGAGGGAGAGGCUGUGACCCGGGCGCUGCCUCUCAGGUCACCUCUGCCCCCCGCCGACCCCGUGUCCCCAUUUUCUCUGCCCUCCUUUCCGGGCCCCCGUUCCUAAGAGCUGUGUGGACUGGAAAAGGCAAGUGCCCCCCUAAUGGGCCCUCGACCCAGGAGCUCUGUCACCCAGCCCGGCCGGGGAGGGCCCAGGAGUGGGUCCAACCAGGACCAGGUCCCUUCACUCGCAGCUGCUCCUGGACUGGCUGGCGGGGCUGGGCAGGAGCUGUGGGGGCCGGACAGGUUACUGGGGUGGCAGGGCGUCGGGUGUGAGGGGCAGCGAUCCCUGGCGCCUCGUCACCUGGCCAGGGCUGCCGGGAGUCCUCAGUUUCUGGCGGGGGCGCCUCGGGGAGGCCCCAGCACUCUGCAUGGCUCCCACCCAGCAGCAGUGAGACCCCUGUGCUUGCCCCCAGGCUGAGUCUGCCUCUCGGAAUUCGGAGCCGCCCUGGACAUGCCAUGAGAGCAAGCACCCGUCCCUGAGUUCAGCGGAGUCUUCAGUGUGGUCUCAGAGGCGCUGGAGCAGGGACCUCUCUGCAUCAGGCUCCCCAUGGAUGAAGCCAGCAAGCCGCGCUGCCUCUGGCCAACUGCCCCUCCAGAAAGAGUGGGAAUAAAAGAAGCACCUUAAGAAGUAAAAGCAGUGCUGCAUCGCAGCUACUUAGGAGCCUGGACCUUGUCCUGGCCCCAGUGCCAGCAUUUUUCCCAGCCAGGAGCUCACAGGGCACCCAUCCCCGGAAGCCGGCAGCUGGUAGCAGACGGAAGGCCCUGGUCCCGAGAACCGUGUGCGGCUGGCGGGAUGACUGAGGAGCUCCGGGACGUGCUGGUGCUGCUGCCUACACGGGAACGGCUGCGGCUGUCCGUGGGGGUGCAGGCCACGGGGCGCGAGCUCUUCCAGCAGGUGUGCGACCGGACUGGCAUCAGAGAAGCCCACUUCUUUGGCCUCAGCGUGGUCAGAAACAAUGAGCACGUCUUCAUGGAUCUGGAGCAGAAGCUCAGCAAAUACUUCUCCAAGGACUGGAAGCGAGAGACACGCGGACCCCAGGGCGGCGGCAGGCCAGGCGCCCCCUUUGUGGCCUUCCUCGGGGUGCAGUACUACGUGGAAAACGGAAUGCUCAUCAGGGACCGCACGGCCCGGCACCUGUACUAUCGCCACCUGAAGGAGCGCGUGCUGUGCUCGCACUGCGUCCACCGCGAGGAGGCCUACUUCCUGCUGGCCGCCUACGGGCUGCAGGCCGACCUGGGCAACCACCGCCGGGCGGCGCACGCCGGCUGCUACUUCCAGCCGCAGGCCUACUUCCCGCAGUGGAUCAUCGCCAAGAGGGGCAGUGCCUACAUCCUCAGACACGCGCCCGCCCUGCACCGCGAGCAGCGCGGCCUGAGCCCCCGGGAGGCCGAGCUGCGCUUCAUCCGGGAGGCCUGCCGGUUGGAGGACGUGCCAGUGCACUUCUUCAGGCUCUACAAGGAUAAGAAGGAGGACCAACCUACCAUCAUCCUGGGCCUGACGCUCAGAGGGGUGCAGGUCUUCCAGGAAGUGAACCGCACCCCACAACUUCUCUACGACUUCCCCUGGCCCCAGGUUGAGAAGCUGGCCUUUCUGGGCGAGAAGUUCGAGCUCUGGCCCCACGGGCAGCCCGCAGCCCGAAGGCUCGUGUUCCGCACGGGCUGCGCCUGGCGCUCCCGCCACCUGCUGCGCCUGCUCCGCACCAGCCACCAGCUGCACCUGGGCCUGCAGCAGGCGCGCCAGCAGCUGCGGCAGCUCGAGGAGGCGGAAGAGAAGCAGUGCUACCGGGAAUCCUAUGUCAGCGACGCGCGGGACGCCGACCAGGACGCGGAGCCGGCAGGCAGUGGGGACCAGGCUGGGGCAGACGGGCGCCCCCCGAGUCUCCGCUCGCGCCUCUCGGCUGACAGCCGCUGCAGCUCCCUCUCACUGGGCUUCGAGGUCAACCCCCAGCGCACGGGGCCCGCGGAGCCGGAGGAGAUGUCCGUGGAUGAGCCCGAGGGGGUCGCGGCGCUCCCUGCAGAGGAGCCCCCCAGCAGCCCGAGCAGCAGCCAGAACAGCCCUGGAACGGUCGACGGAGGCAGAGGGGCUCUCACCCCUCGCAUGGGGGGGUCACAGGUGGCCUGCAGGCGGGGGUCCGAGGUCACAGCCCGCCGCUCUGCGACCCCAGGCCCCAGGAGGAGUAGGGGGCGUGGAGCCACAGAUGUGCCCAAUCUCAUCUCCAAGGUGGGUCCCAGGGGUGGGCCCCCCCUCUGCCAGGAGCAGAGGGCUGUCCCCAGGCCCUGCUCACACCCCUUCCUCCCGGCAGCCUCCCCACAGCAGCCGCUGGCUGUGGUGCAGGUCACGCUGGUCAGCCUGAGGGCGCCGAGCGCUGAGGCCACCCUACACCAGAUCCUGGAGCCCGAGGCGGCAGCUGGACAUGUGGACCAGCAUAGCCGAAGCCUGGACCACACGCGCCCCGAGCCCGCCCCACGCCCGGCACCCCGCGCCCGUGCCCUCGGCCGAGCUUUGGACCCCGGGCUGAGGGCGUCCGUGAACUCCCUGUCCCCCAGCCGGCUCCGGAAGGACCAGCUCCCGGAGGAGUUUGUGGUGUAGACGCCCCCAGGGGCUGCUUCACCACCGCAGGGCUCGGUCCACGCCACCCGCUCCACCUGCUUGGGUCUCUGUCCCUGCAGUGUGGCUCCAUCCAUUCGGGGCUCUGCCCACCCACCCCCAGUCCCUCUGUCCAUCUGAGCCGCCCCCCCUGAGGCCCCUACCUCCCCGGCCAUGCUGAACGUGGCCUCUGGCGCUGCCCCCUUCACCUGCGGAUGUGUGGGCCAGCUCUGACGGCCAGGCCUGGAGGUGCCCAGCAGGCCUCACCUGCCCUGCCGUGGGGACCACGGCCACUCUGAGCGCCUUCCAUCCAUGCCUCCAGGAGGCAGAAGCCAAAGUUUGGGGAUCCGGUCCGCACUCAGUGGGCUGUGGGCUGACUCCAACCUGCAGGGAAGUGGUCUUAGCAAGCUUCCCGGGAGCCUGGAGCUCAGGGUCACUGUCGUGGUCGCUGCACUGGCCACAGGCUCUCCAGACCACCCUGUCCGCAGCGCCUGCCACUCACAGUCCUGGGCCUGCUGGACAGGCCCCUGGGGGAAGCAUGAGCCCAGCUGCAUCGCCCCAGACCCCCGGCGGACCCUACCCUGUCCGCCGUGUGUACACAGGAGGCACCAGGCCUGGAACUGCGGGGCUGCAUGGACACUCGUCCCGGGGAGCUCGUGAAUCUGGCGACAGGAAGCGGGAGGGGCAGGCUCAGCCACGGUCCCCUCUGAGGGCACGGAAGGAAUGUUCCAGAAGGAAACCCUGAGCGUCCUCCUUUCGCAUCACAAGUCAGGCUCCGAAGGAGGCCCCUCCCCAUCUCCAGCCCCAGUGUCCAUCUGGCCUCAGGCCGUCUGGAUUUCAGGCAGCCCUGGCCUCUGGUCAGGUCAGCACCGGUCACCACCACCCCCAGGCCAUUUGUGGCCACCGCCCCCUCCCUGCAUCAGAAGGCCAGACGGGAGGUGGGGGGAGAUAGGGCGAGACCUCCCCCCAGGCUUCACCACCUCUCCACUGGCAGCUGAACGGCUGAGUGGAGUUUCACAGGGAUUUCUGGAAAGCACUCUAAGAGACUUUGACCCUGGCUGGAGGCUGCCCUGCGGGUGACUGAGAGGCGGCCGAGGCCCAGCGUCCCGCUCGGGGUUGGGCCCGCUGGGUGAGGGGCACCAGGGAGGUGGGCCACAGGUGUUCUGUCUCCUGCUAGAGUCAGGGAGGCUGCCCCUGGGUAGAGGCAUGGCCCCCACCAUCCCACCCGGAGGGUCCUGCGUGUGCGGGCCUUUCUCAAAGCCGUCCACCUGGAGGCAGGUGCAGAGGGGCUGGGCUGGGCCUGACUGGGGCAGGGACCGGUCUCGGACUGGCGUUCUGUUCUCCCUGAUGUUCUGGUGCACGUCUCACCUGCCUCCUGACUCAAGAUGGGCCCCUGCCUCCCUUCCAGAGGCUCUGGGGGGCUGCUCUGGACAGGUGGGACUCCACAGGCAAUGCCAGCCUGAGGCAGGUGACAGGCCCCUGGGUGCGGGCUGUGUGGCUUAACCCACUGCAGGUCCUCCGGCCUCUCCCCCGCCCUCUUUGCCUGGUUGCACUGACCUGUGUGGUUCUGAGCACUGUGCCCGAGAUGGUACCUUCCCCCCGGUUCUGCCCAUGUGUGAGGACCACACAGGGACAGACGGAGCCUGAGCCCAGGGGGCAGAGAGUGCAUCCCAGUCUUAACUGGGCCUCUGGGUCCUUUCUGUGAAAGGAGUCUUGUUUGUGCACACACCAGGCACAAAUAAAGAGCUGGAUGCCGG